AUGGCCACGAAGAGAACAUGCGGCGAUCCAGGCAUGCCCGUCAACGGGUCCCGGAUCGGCGACGAGUUCGUGAUCGGGAGCCAGGUCGAGUACAACUGUUCGUCUGGUCUGGUGGCCGACGGCCCCACCGUUUCACAAUGCUGGUGGGUUGAUAACAUCACGCUGAACAUCGCUUGGACUGUGCCGCCGCCAGCGUGUGUGGACCCAUCUCUGCUGGCGACAACCGACCCAAUGAGAACCGACAUAACAACGGAGCCAGAUACCGCAACUACACAUCGUAUGACUACCCCGCCCUUUCAGCCACCAUCCAGUAUCAUGGGAGUCAUCAUAGGGAGCUUGGCAGGUGUGAUCAUCCUCAUCAUCGUCGUCGUUAUCGUAAUAGUGUUCAUGUGCAAGAAACGACAGAGACGCAAAGCCGACUUUACACGCGGAUCGGGUCAGUCGAAUUUCCCGCUCAGCAACUCGAAAGCCCAACUUACACAAACGACACCAAAGAAGAAAGAAGGAGAGAAAUUACAUGAAAACGACGUCGAUGAGGAGGAGGAGGAGGAUUACCUCGUCCCAGAUGCAAAGGUCAUGUCUUCGGCGAACAAGGGCCAAACGCUCCAGUUUGUUGAACAGCGACCCCGACUGCCUGCACCACCAUCGGUAAAAGCGUCUCUUACACCAGAAGAAUCGCUUUAUCAGAAUUCAAUCAGCAUCGCUUUGAGCCGAUCGAAAGAAAACUUAAGAAAGGACGCCAGCAUGGCCAAAGAAAAAAAAGUGACUAACGAGCCCGCCUAUCAGAAUAGGACAGUCGUUACCCGGCACGACAGGCCUCGAGCAACAGAGGGCGCUGUCGUGAAACCACCUGCAACGAAGGCGUCAUCAUUGCCUCUUGACACGGACGAUAUUUACCAGAAUGCCCAGGUGGGUACCAGGCUAAGCAGUGCGAGGAUGCCUCUGGCGGCAAGAUUUAGUGAUGACCGACGAGCUAGCCGCGAUUCAAGCGGAACAGCCUCCCAGAGAAGUUCCGCCAACUACAGAGACUCUGUGGACUAUGUCACACCCAAUGAAGCCAAAGAGCAAGAGGUAUACGAAAAUGCAGGGGUGGUAGUGCAACGCCUGGGGCCUCGACGUCCCCCGGGUAAACCUGACGACACCAACGUUACCGUCGUCACUAGCGAUAGCGAUGGGGUUUACCUUGAUUUGAUUUAGCCACAGACGUUUUUUCUAGAAUAAUGUCGGCGUGCCACGUGCGUUUACGCAAUUAUGUCAAUAGAUCAGUAUCUUUAAUUCUGUUCUUUUUGUUAAAUUCAAUCCUGUGUACAAAAAGUGGCCUGUGUAGUUUCUUCAUAACAUGUUUUCUUCUAUCGGGAGACGAUACGGGUGACUCGUUUACACAAUUUGCCGUUAUUUAGAGGUUGCCGCUAAGUAAGAGUGGUUAGAAAUAUCCCAACAAAUGUGGCACUUUAUUCCUUUCUCGACAAUUAUUCCACAUUUAUUUUUUGCGAGGCUUACGGUUACACCACGUACUCUUCCGAAGGACCCGCUUUUGCUCUAUCUCGACGUCUUAGGAUGAAGACGAUAGAUACGACCUAUCAAAAAGUCGAGAUAGUGAAUGAGUGUGCCCUUUUCAGGGCCAACUAAACUUGUUCGAUGGCGCAGCCGCCAAUACCCCCUUCACAUACACGGGUUUUUCUUACUAGUCUUACGGAUUGCACAAAAUCAGGGAUCUUUCAAGGAUUCUUACGUUUUGGCCAUUUUUACGACCGAUUUAAGAGUGGUCACGGAUUACUACGAGCAACAUUCGUGCUAGUAACGACCUGUUUACGUGUUGUUACGAAUAGUUACGAGUUAGUUACGAGUCCUUACGAUUUUGUACCCUAAAAUAACAACUGAAAAAGAAGCGUUCAAAUUUGCAGCUCUUAUGUCUUAUACGUAAGAAUACGUAAAGUAUACGUACAUUCGUAAAGUACUCGUAACUACACGUAAAUUGUUCGCAAUAAAUCGUAACAAUCCGUAAAACCAUCGUAAUAAGACCCGAAUGAAAUUGUUAACAACACGUAAGCACUCGUACUAAUCCACAAAUAAUAGUUAAAUUAUCCGUAAAUAAUACGAAAACAAAUCGUAAACUAACAUAAACAAAUCGUUAACAAAAAUGUUACGAGUCAUUUACGGAUUCUUGCAAGCAUUUUACGGAUGGUUACGUAUUAUUACGAGUUAUUUACGAAAAAAUCAAUCCAUGGACAAUCGUAAGGAAGAUUUUUGACAUAUCAAAAAAUGUGCCUCUCCUUCCCGGAUCCUUAAGAAUGUCUGCGAGUUGUUGCGAGUUGUGACGAGUGGAUGCCUGCGAUUGACUACGAGUUUGCGAUCCGUAAGGACUCGUAAGAAAAACCGUAUAUGUGAAGGGUUUAUUAACCGAAUGGCGAAUGAGCUCAUGCGCAGCAAAUAUUAAACACAGACAUGUGACGCGGAUUUGGCACUUUACGUCAUCAUUAAAACAUAAAAUGCCACUUUCUUGCCGCGCCAUAUCUGAACUAGGUAAUGCAAAGUUUUGGGAAAUUUCGAAAAUUGGAUUGAUAGUAUGUCUUUACAACUUGAUAUAUUUGGAUGCCCCUGUGGAUGACCCAUUACGUGUUAGAAAAUGUAGCCCCUAAAACACUUCUGCUU